AAAGAAUUGUGCAUCAUACUUAUAUAACUUUUAAUCAAGCCUCUCCUAAACAAUUAGUUGAUUACCGAAACUUAUAAUAACUAACCAAUCGCACCACCACCUUUACAAACACAAAACAAGCUCUACCCCCCGCCGCUUUCCCCAUCACAUCACCCAUCGUCACAAGACCCUCACCCGCUGCACCCACUACGCCGUUGCGGUACCCCAGAAAAAAAAGGGAAGAAACGCUCCUUCCCCAAUAAGAAGUCCCAAUGUCGUCAGAAAUCCCAAUAACAGUCGGUGUUCUAGCCCUACAAGGAGCAUUCAACGAACACAUCCAACUCCUUCGCGAAGCAGCUCAGACCAUCUCAUUACGAGAGACCGAGUCGAAACGAAAAGUAUGAAUUCAUUUUUUCUGAAAAUCUGUACGCGGCAUGAAUCACACUUUUGUUAUGUUUAUAAGCAACUUAAUAAACUUGUUCCAAUGUAUGAGGAAGACAUACUGAUUGAGUCACAUAGUGGAAGUUCACGUUCUCGGAAAUUCGAAAUAAAAAUGAACUCGCCACUUGCGAUGCCCUCAUCAUCCCGGGAGGAGAGAGUACGGCAAUCUCUCUGGUAGCGGAGAGAUGUGGGAUGUUGGAGCCUUUGCGGGAAUUCGUCAAGUGAGUCCUUUUCUUGCAACUUUCCUCUCCCUCUCUCUCACACUCUCUCACACUCUCUCACACUCUCUCAUACUCUCUCACACUCUCUCAUACUCUCUCACACUCUCAUCUCCUUCUGUUGUCAGUCCCAUCUUUUUCAACUUUGUCAUCUUGUAAUCUCACACCUCCACCUUCCCACUUUCCCUCCUUCCACAACACCAACCCACCAACCCCAAACACUCAACCAAUAACCUCCCCAGAGUAUCCCGCAACCCAACAUGGGGCACCUGCGCUGGCCUCAUCCUCCUCGCCGAAUCAGCAAACACCUCCUCCACCAAGCUCGGCGGCCAAUCCCUCAUCGGCGGGCUCGACGUGCGCGUGAACAGGAACCAUUUCGGUCGACAAACCGAGUCCUUCCAAGCAAAUCUAUUCCUUCCAUUCCUCUCCCCUACCAAUUCUACCGAAAAAAGUGAAGAAUCAUCAUCCAAAGAAAUAAAACAGAAACCCUUCCGAGCCAUAUUCAUCCGCGCACCCAUCGUGGAGAAAGUCCUUUCGCCAGUGCAGGGGAUCCAAGCCCAAGAAGCCUCGAAGGAAAAUAUCAUCGUGGCGCCCUCGAAAGAAAUGACGCCAGAGAUCGCGUCACGGUUUACGGUGGAGGAGGUGGAGGUGUUGGGGAGGUUAGAUAGAGGGAAGGAAGGGGAGGAUGAGGGGGAGAUUAUUGCGGUGAGACAGGGGAAUUGUUUUGGGACGAGUUUUCAUCCUGAGCUUACGGGCGAUGAGAGGAUUCAUGUUUGGUGGUUGGAGGGCGUGGUGAGGGAUGUGGUGGGGAGGAGGGGGUUGUGAUUAAGAAUAGAUGGAGAGAUGGAGAGAGCGGAGGUGGGGUGGAGGGGUAGAUUUAGAUUCAUUGAUAGAAGAUAGAAGAUGAAAUCUGUAAUUUGGAUUCCUG